AUGCGUUUAGCCGUUAAUCCUGAGCCAAUCGACAUUAUUCCAAUCUGUCCAACUAACACCACAAUACGCAAGCGCGUGCAUAUAUUGCCAGCCACGGGAAAUAUGUCACGCCCGAAUUCAAAGCGUCGCCAUCACGCAGGGCAUUUCAAGCGUCUUCUGUCAUUCACAGACGCCGCAAAAUCACCGCGCUACUAUGAUUUCGAGAAAGGAUAUACUGUCUUCGAUGCAUUGGGGGCGGAUCACAUCUACGAGUACCUACUAACACGAAGUUAUCAGGCCAUGUCAUUCCUCAUGCUCCAUCGUAGGGAGAGCGAUGUCGCCAGUAACAUUGAGACGCAAAAGGGUCUCAUGCGCAUGCAUCGAGCCACUGAGAUGUGUACCUCGUCCUCCCAACCUGGGGAUAACCCCAAGCAGCCGAUUAUGACGUUCCGCGAUUUCCGUGUGCGUUUCCAAGCUUUUCCAAGCAUAAUGACUUUGAAGUUGACGCGGAGAAAAGGAGGCAAGCUGAUAUUGUUGGAGACAUUCAACAUACGGAUCGGAACUCUUACAUCUUGCCGUCGGGCUCAACCACAAACUGCCCGGGCACUUCAAUCGAGACAUGCCAACAGCAAGAACAGUAACAGCUUUACUGUCGUUCAUCAGCUUAUACAGGGGACGGGGUAG